AUGGCGGCCUUUCUGGGGGCAGUUCUUAUCCUCUCAACUGUGGUCGACGCGAGCAACUGUUCCAUUCCGCCCAUCUUCGUGGACAUCCACAACCGAGCGGUCGACGGCGGCAUUACCUUCCAGUACGGUCUUUUCACCGGCAUCGGCAGUCCCACGUCCCAGAAUCUGUCGCAGUGGCCAUCCUUCUCCAACAAUGAGACGACGGUCGGAAACCUCGACUAUUGCAGCUCCAGUCCUUUCAAGGACUGCAUCACCCAGAGCCAUGGAUUCUACUCUCCAGAACUGUCCGAGACCUCAUCCUACAAGUCACUCGACAAUCUAGGUUCCAUCCCCGCCACCAUCGUGGAGACGGCCUUGGACACAUUUAACCUGUUCACGCACUACUUUGACCCAUCGCCACCGAACGUGACUCGCCUGGCCGCCUUUCCGAUGACCGUGCUGUCGAACGCGUCGUCGAGCUCGACGACGUGGUUCGGCCCUGCUGGGCUAGUGGGGCUCGGUCCGGCCAGCACAUUGCUCCGCCACCUGUCCGACCAGCGCCUGAUCGCCACCCGCUCUUUCGGUCUGUACCUGGGCACGGCGUACGAGCCGGCCAACGGCGCCAUCAAUGGCUCUCUGACCCUGGGCGGCUACGACUCGGGCCGCUUGCAAGGAGAUGUCUACAACUUCUCCAUCGUCAACCCUGUCGGUCCAGCAGCCAUGAACAGUCCGUUCAAGGUCUCGGUCACACAAAUGACACUGUCCACUGCAGACGGGAAGGGGACAGAUUUACUCAACGCAAGCCUCGAUGCCUAUAUCACCACGUCCCAGUACCAACUUGAUCUGCCAGCAGCCGUAACUCAGAAAUUCGCAGACGAGACUGGUGCCACGACCUCCGCCGCCGCCGACGACGACGACGAAGCCGGUGGCAACCCCGUUCUGCGGCUGCCCAACAACUUCGACGCGACGCUAACCAUCUCACUCGCCGGCGGGCUCAAUAUCACUUAUGACGCACAAUGGCUGCGCAACGUGUCCAAUAAGUCCCCCAUCUCCGCGGGGUCUAUCGCUUCUUCGAGCAAGAAUACGACGGCCAGCACGAACACAAACACUGAAGUCGGUCUAUUUGGAUCCGCAUUUCUCUCGUCCAUCUACUUCAUUGCAAACUACGACGCGCAGCCACCGACGUUCCACCUCGCAGCGGCCCGUCCACAAGGCCCAUACGUGUUGACACAGACCCUGUGCGCCGACACUGUUCCCGUGGCCGCCAAAUCGACCAAGAUCUCAUCUUUCAGUAAGGCCGGCAUGACUGGCGCCAUUGUAGCCGGCGUGGUGGGCGGCAUUGGCUUCAGCUUCGCGUGUUACUGGCUGUUCCGCAAAUGGAUGCAGAGCCGGUUGAGGCGGAAACAGAGGCGUGCCGCAAUGGAAAUCAAAGGGUUCAGUACCAACACCAACACCAAAGCUAAAGCUAAGUCCUUGUCGGACCGAGAUAGCGAGAGCAGCGAAAUGGCCACCUUCGGCUUCGACUUCAACUCGCACGCACACCAGCAGUAUCAGAACUACCUGCAAAGCCAGAGCCAGGGUAAAGCCCAAACUCAGAGUCAAAAUCGAGGCCAGAACCAGCACCAGAAUCAGAACCAGCAAACACAACCACAAACACAGCAGCAGGCGCAGGUGCAGCCAGAGCCACAGCCACAGCCACAAACGCAACAAUAUUCCUCAGAUGACACAGAUUACAACCCGCAGGAUCGGGCACAAGAAUACCUUCGCUUACGGGAUGACGCAUACACGAAUGCCGGUCCUCUGACGCCUGCAACGGGCGUGCCUCUGCUCAGCUCGCAGCAGGGACCCGGACAGUCGGAGACGCGGACAUUUUUCGGCCCCAGCCGUAGUUCCCCGGGUCCAGGCUCGCGCUCGCAGACUCCGACCCAGACGUCGCAGCACCUGCAGCCCGACAUGGGAGCUGGCUUCCCUCCGCGGCGGAAGAGUCAAGAGUCGGCCCGCCGCAUGGUCCUCGGCCUGAACCUGCAGACCGAAUUCGACCCUCCGCCAGGCAAGGGCGGUGCCGGCCCCGCGCGGAUCAAAGCCCGCGGUGGCAAGAAGGAGAGUCUGCUGAAGAAAGUCUUCCCACCUCCUGGCAGGGCGUAG